AAAGGUAGAUAUAUCCAUCUUUUUGACAGUUUCAUGUACAGGAGGAGUAUAAUGGAACCAGAAAGAGACCAGGAGCAGUUCGUCAGCCGUUUGGCCAGUCUUCCAGUGGUCAGUACUGCGGUCACUCAAACAUGCAAUCUGUAUCAACGAACCAAGGAAAGCAACCAGCUCUUUCGUGCAUCGCUGAAUCUGGCUGAAUCCAGCAUCAAAACCGUGGCUGAGACUUCGAAACCAUACCUGGAGAAAUACCAACCCCAGCUGGAUGCCGUGAACAAGAUUGCAUGUGACCAGUUAGAGAAACUGGAAGAGAGAUACCCAGCUAUUACCAAACCUACUGACGAGCUGGUUAAUGAUGGAAAGGAGGCAUGCCAGGCCGUCCUUAAGCCGGCCAUCGACAGAGUGAAUGCAGUAAAGCAGUAUGGCUCUGAAAAGUACAACCAAGGAAAGGAACAGGUAGAUAAAGUAAUGCAGUUUGGACAGAGUACAGUACAAUCUGUGAAGGAUAUGGGGAUGACAGUGGUGUCCAAGUCGAUGGAGACUACAUAUGGUCAGUUUGUGGCAGAGAAAAUGAAUGAUGCCCUCACUGUCUCUGAGGACUACAUCAACAAAUACCUGCCACCAGAGGAGGAGGAAGAGAAAGAAAAUGAGACCGAGAAGGAGGAAGUGGAAAUGGAUGAAUAUCCGCAGGACCCAGUGUCCAGAGCCCAAACUCUGACCACCAAAGUCCGCAGACGAAUGUACAAACGAGCGGUCAAGGAAUUCAAAGGGAUACAGCUCCGUAGCAAGGAAAACCUCCAGAAACUCAACUUCACUGUUGACCUGAUUCAGUAUGCAAAAACAAAUAUGGACUCAGCUAAGGAAAAGUUGGGGGAAACAGUUGAAGCUACACAGAACAAAAUCUCCAGCACCUGGUCAGAAAUCAAGGCAGAGAACCCUGACUUACCUGAUACUGUAGAGGGUAGAACAAUCGCAGUCGCACGUCAUGUGAGCCAGCAACUACAACAAAGCAUCACAAGAGUUACCUCCCUGUUACCAGACUCCCUCCAACCUAAAGCUGUACAAGAAAGAUUACACGAUGCCAAGGCUUUUACAGAAGAAUUAUACCAGUCAUUUCAAAAAGUUGAGAGAUAUGAAGAUGUUCCAGCUUGGGUUUUGACUCAGACCAAGGAGAGGGUGGCCUAUUUACAGGAAACUCUCAGUUUCCUGACAGAGAAGCUUCUAACAGGCCCUCUUAACUGGCUGUCGAUGGAUUUAGAGAUUGAGGACCUGAACCUUGAGGAUCCAGAAUAUCAUCCGGAUUGUAAUGGUCACGUGCCCAAUCUGUCUACUGACAACAAUGGCCGAUUUGUUAUGAAUUGAUCAAUAUUUUAUAUGUAAAGCAAAAACUCAUCCCUCUCUACUUACAUUCAUCGCUUUUGUUUUGUUUUUUCCGAACUUCUUAUUUAUUUUAAAUGUAAUUUUUUGGGACAAUAUUAAAAAAUGAAGUACUGAAGCUAAACUCACUGUUAAUGUGCAUACUCUGAAAAUCUGCAUGAAUGGAACACAAUACGUAUUAAUGAUAAUAAACUUCAGCUUUAUAAAACAUAAAAUUAUUUAACAGGAAACUCAGGAUGAAUCUGAAAUCCUUAUAAUUUUGUAUAUAUCAUCAGUCAUCUGAGGAAAGAAGGUAAAUAGUAUAAUAUAUACUGUAUUUGUGAUAUUUUGUGGAAAGUUGGAUCCAACAUUUUGUUUGACCUGUGUGAGACAAAGCUUUAUUCACUUUGUAAAUUCAUGUAUAAAUAAAAAUGAUAUGUACUGAAA